AUGAAAACAAAACAAAGUUGCAUUGUGUGAUGUUUUUUUAGUAGUAGGCCAGUAUACUUCCUGGUUUGACUCAAUUAGGAAGUGUGUUCUUGGAAGUCAGUGGCGUUUGAGGUGGACAAAAGGGGCUCGGCCUCGCCUGAGACAGAUCCACACAAGGAUGUCCGGGGCCUACUUUCAUCGGGGAAUUACCAGAUUACGGGCCGAGGAACUUCUGCUCGGGGCCAAGGAGGACGGAAGUUUCCUGGUUCGAGAUAGUGAGACUUUAGCAGGAGCAUUUGUGCUAUGCCUACUGUACCAGUCUAGAGUACACCAGUACCGAGUUUUACCUGGGUCUGAUGGAAAACUCUCUGUCCAGGCUGAAGGUGGCAAUGUAGAACCUAAAUAUAACAACUUAAAUGAGCUCAUCGCUGACUACAUCAAAAAGGCGGAGAAAAAUGGGCUGAUCUUUGCAAUGAAAGUCCCCGUAUCUCCAGAGAGAGGUGAUGACCCAGACACAGAUGAAGAUGACUUUGAAGAUAUAGGUGAGAUGCAGCAGGUCCAGCAGCACCAUCAUCAACACCAAGUGAAGCUGCCAUCUUAUGUGAACAUUUCCCUGGCAGGAGACAGUAGCUGUGUGAAUGUCAAUGGGCCCACACAUCGGCUACAGAUGGAGCUGCUGAAAAACUUCUCCAAACUCAACCUUACGGAGUGUGAUACAGAAUUUAAAGAUUUACUGAAGGCAUACAUUGACAAGGGCCUCGACACUGAUGUCACCGCCAGUCAAGCAGGGGAGACAACCCUGCCUGAAUACCAAAGUAUUAUAGAGGCCGCUGGCCAAGGACUGAAGAGGGAACUAGAAAGUUUUAUGAAGAAAAUGGCCCUCAUUGAUGACUUAAUGGACAUUCCAAAUGUUUGUGGGGGGAUGCAGCAGAUGUCGGAUAGAGACAAGAUACAUGGUUCAGGUAUACCAGCGAUGUUGGAGCUCAUGACUAACUGUAUGUCAGAUGUCAUGACAUUAGAGAGUAAGGUACAUGAUACAGUACGAAACUAUGCUGUGUCUCAUUACGAUUAUGUUGAGAUUGAAUCAGAAGACAAAGGUGUACCAGAUGAUCUCACACCUUUCUUAUCUCCCCUUGGCAAACCAGUCAUUCCACGGAUAGAAUUUGAGGUGAAAACACCGACAUACAGGCAGACGGACAAAAUCACCACUAAGAUGACUCUAACAAUAGACAUUCCAGCAGGCAAAAUGUUUGCCGUCAAACCUUCCAAGGAUAUCCUUGACUCCAACAGUGUCAUCACACAUGAUCGAAUUGUACAGUUGGUGAAAAGUUCAUCAGACAACUGUCGUCUGGAUCUUAUCUACGACACGAAGAAGAAGAUGACCUACAUCUUCAAUAGUGCUCUGGUCCGCGAGAACUUUUGUCAUCAAAUCUUACAAAUGAAAAAUGUGCAUUCCAAGGACAUUGAGGUGGACCAGAUCUCUAUUUUUAUAGGAACAUGGAACAUGGGAGACAGCCAGCCGUUGAGUGGGAUCGCUCCCUGGCUGCGAUGUAAGGGCUGUAGUAAAGUAAAAGAUCCGCAGGUGUUGGGUAUGAUUCCACAUGACCUCUAUGUGAUCGGCACUCAGGAAAGUGCACAAACAGAGAAAGACUGGGUCAACUUCCUCAAGAAAAACAUCAAAAAUCACUUCAUGGUGGAAGUGGAAGUGGUGGAAGUGUGCACACUAUGGGGAAUACGACUUGUGAUACUUUUAAAGAAAGAUCUGAUGCACAAUAUAAACAGAGUUCAAAGGUCAACUGUGAGAACAGGGAUCGCAAAUGCUCUCGGGAACAAGGGAGGUGUGGGGAUCUCGUUUUACUUCAGGGGAACUUCAUUCUGUUUUGUCAACACUCACCUGACAUCAGGAGACGAACGAAAUGCCAGACGAAACCAGAAUUUUAAGGACAUCAUUAAGGGAUUGUCACUGGGUCAGAAACAUCUGGGACUGACAGACAUUACAAACCAGUUCCAUCACCUCUUCUGGCUCGGUGACCUCAAUUAUCGUGUGGAGGAAGAUGUACAGGUGCUGUUACGGAAACUAGAGGAAAAUGAUCUGAAGAGUUUAUUGGCCAAGGACCAACUACGUAGAUCUCAAAAAGAACAUAAGGGCUUCAAUGGCUUCCAGGAGGCAGAGAUUUCCUUUAAACCCACAUACAGACUGCCUAGGAGUGAGAGAAAAUGGAGCUACGAUUGGAAGAAAGUCAAGAAGACAGGGGUGAGGAUAAACACACCGUCGUGGUGCGAUCGGGUGUUAUGGCGGUCCUACCCAGGGACAUACAUCCAGAACCUUGCCUACGGUUGUGCCGAUAGUGUACUCGGUAGUGACCAUCGUCCUGUCUUUGCCUUGUUCAACACUGGGAUCGCCUCCGACUUUGUGAUGAAUCGGGACUCCUUGGCUGAGGAGUCUCCCACUAAAAUUGUGUUCCAGCAGAUUGAAGCCGAGCUGAUCACCUACUGUCGACAAACCUUCCAAUUAGAAUUCCAGUCCACGUGUCUUCCAGAAGUGGUUACCAGUAAACCUAACAGCCGGUUCAAGGACUGCUCCCAGGGUUUCACCUGUCCAUUUUGGGGCAAACAAGAGAUACCCACAAUGAAGCCUUUGUUUGGAGAUGAAGAUUUUCUCAAGGAACAACACAUUUUAAUAUCUGUAAGGUCAAAAUGUGGCGACAAUGAAUCAUAUGGUGAGUGUGUUGUGGAGAUGAAAGGAAAGUUUGACCUCAUGCCUCAGGUUUUUGAGUUUGAACUUUUACAUCAAGGGGAGGUAACUGGGAAUCUGAGGGGCCAACUUCAGGUGUUGACAGGUCCUCUAGCUGUGGGACGCAAAAAUUCAAAGAAGAGUUAUGAGCUCAUCGCUUUGGACACCGAAUAUCACGACCCAGAGUUGUGGCAUCCAGAGUCACCAAAGAUGGAAAGGCGUGAGCGUUUAUCAGGGCAAUUACCUCAACUGGACACAGCCCUUCCAGUGUAUGAAGUGAUUGAUAACGACCCAGUAACUGGUGCUCGACUUCCUAAGGGGAGUAAGAGUCCUGGUGACCGCCCUCCAGCACUCCUACCACAUCGUAUGCAGGAGGAAACUCAGAAUUCUUGGUCCAAGACACAGCCCUACAUGGGACAGGCCAGCCUCCAGACUCGACAGGUGUUACCGGCCAGCUCAACACUACUGGGGUCAGAGGUCACCUCACACACGAAACCACCAGACAUACCGCCACCACCUCUUCGCAAGAAAAGUACAGUGUUGACAUACCCGGACCAUGGCAUGAGGUACGACUCACUCAAGAGGCCCACGAGUGUGACUGACUGGUUACUCGGGCUGAGCCUCCCAGAAUACAUCGAGAGAUUUAUCAAAAAUGGAUUUGAUACCAUGCACUUUGUGACCAAUCUUAGUUGUGAUGACCUGGCAGAAAUAGGAAUCGACAACCCUCUACACCAAAAGCGUAUCAUCAGCAGUCUCCGGGACAUGAAGUGACAUCAUGUGUCAGUCAUGUGACUGUUAACAAAAUGGCUGUUUGUUGACUGCAGUAACAGUGUAUAUGUGAAUCAUAAGAUCAGUUUCAACUUUUGAUACUCCGCUUUAGGACUUGAGUGGUGUAAACAAGCUGUCUAGGUUUUCAUUUUUGUUUUAAUCCAGCAGUUUACAUGAGCUACCGAAUUACUCUCGGUUCCUUUGCCUUGCUUCUCAAUCAAUUUUUGAUGUAGUUCAGAUAUACAUGUAUCUCCACUUUGAUUUAAUGCUAUAGAUAGAAAACUGAUAAAUUUGUUAUUUUUGUGUAUAUUAUCUAAAUGACAUGCAAUUUUUCAAUUUUAAAGUCAUUGAAGAUCGCCUGAAGAAACAUGUUCAUUAUCUAUUCUGAUGAUUUUUUUUUGUUUUUUGAACGUUAAAAAAUUUGGAAAACACUUUUGUAACCACAUUCUGUUUUAUAUGCUAGAUAUGCGAUUCCAGACAAAAUGGAUGGCCUAAUGAUGUUUCUGAUUGCCUGUGAUGAACUCUUGACCUUUUAACCCAGGCAGUGUAUGAUAAUAUAAGGAUAUAGACAAUAGGAAAGGUUUUCCUUCUGAUCUUGUAAGGAAUUUGACAAGGAAAACAUGAAAAUUAAACAAUUAUCAAUUCAAUACAUUCCUCAUAGUAGAAGUCAUUAAACAUGAAAGUCUAUAAUACUCAAAUGUUAGUUCAUCUGACUUUCAUCUUCUCACAUGACUGUUUUUCGCACCUAACAUGACAUUGAUUUUUGCUAUAAAAUUUUGGUAGCAUUUUGAGUAAAAUAAGUGGGCACUGUGACAGAAUCAACCAAGGCCCAGUGUCUGACAUUUUAUCUUGUUACUUCUUUGUCAGGUUUUCUUUAUGAAAUAUAUAUAUAAUUAGGUUUGAAAUAACUCUCAUCAUCAUUAGCAGUAGAUCCUUAGAGAAUGGUUUGCGUUGUUUAUUGAGACUGGAUGUUGACAGUAACUGAGAUUAGGCCAGGGUAACCUCUACACAGGGAUGUUUUUGUUUUUACAUUAUCAUUUUGCCGUAGCUAACUUUGUUAUCAGUUUGUACCUUAGAUAUCGCCAGAUCUGGGUUUUUUUUCAUUAUGUAGAAGUUGUUAUCGUGGACUUUUAUGGUAGAUACAUAUUGUAUGAUCAGACUAUGAUUUAUAAUGUAGGAGUUGUUAUAGUGGACUUUUACAGUAGAUACAUAUUGUAUGAUCAGACUAUGAUUUAUUAUGUAGGAGUUGUUAUCGUGGACUUUUAUGGUAGAUACAUAUUGUAAGAUCAGACUAUGAUUUAUUAUGUAGGAGUUGUUAUCGUGGACUUUUAUGGUAGAUACAUAUUGUAUGAUCAGACUAUGAUUUAUUAUGUAGAAGUUGUUAUCGUGGACUUUUAUGGUAGAUACAUAUUGUAAGAUCAGACUAUGAUUUAUUAUGUAGAAGUUGUUAUCAUGACUUUUAUGGUAGAUACAUAUUGUAUGAUCAGACUAUGAUUUAUUAUGUAGAAGUUGUUAUCGUGGACUUUUAUGGUAGAUACAUAUUGUAUGAUCAGACUAUGAUUUAUUAUGUAGAAGUUGUUAUCGUGGACUUUUAUGGUAGAUACAUAUUGUAUGAUCAGACUAUGAUUUAUUAUGUAGAAGUUGUUAUCGUGGACUUUUAUGGUAGAUACAUAUUGUAUGAUCAGACUAUGAUUUAUUAUGUAGGAGUUGUUAUCAUGACUUUUAUAGUAGAUACAUAUUGUAUGAUCAGACUAUGAUUUAUUAUGUAGAAGUUGUUAUCGUCGACUUUUAUGGUAGAUACAUAUUGUAUGAUCAGACUAUGAUUUAUUAUGUAGGAGUUGUUAUCGUGGACUUUUAUGGUAGAUACAUAUUGUAUGAUCAGACUAUGAUUUAUUAUGUAGAAGUUGUUAUCGUCGACUUUUAUGGUAGAUACAUAUUGUAUGAUCAGACUAUGAUUUAUACAAAUCAUUGACACGAUCAUGACCCAGAUCUAGACCACUGAUUGAACUAAAGUGGUAAAGUUUACAAACAUGUCUUGGUAAUUGUUUUGUUUUAAAUAUCCACAGAAAUGUUAAUACAUGAUCAUUUCAAAAUCCAUUUCUUUGCUUUGAAUAUGUGACACUUUUGACAUUUUUAAUCAUUUUAUGUGAUUUGUAUUGAGUAGACCUUGAAAUACAACUUUAAAAAAUAAAGGGAAAUAACUCAUUUAUUAAAAUGUUUGAAUACUACAGGACACUGAUGGUUCAUAGUUAAAUAUUGUGAAUAUAUUUAACUUUUCCUAGUACAAGUCUUGCUAUAAAAGAAUAUGAUUCUGUAAUAAGUUUAAUAUUUUUUUUUAAAUUUCAUCAAGGUGUGAUUAUUGAAGGUACUAUUUUAUAUGUAAAUAUUUAAUAUAUUUGGAACAUUUAACAAAAUUAUGAAAAAAUUGUAAAUCCUUUGUGUUAUAAUGCAUACAGAUACUUUGUUAAUGGUAAUGUUUUAUGUUGAUAUAUAUACAUGUAUGUAUUCUAUUCUGAUACCUAUGUUAUGAAUAAUAUAUAUAUUUUUUAUUAUUAUUUCCUGUGCUAAUUAUAAUGAAUUGCCGCAGUGCUACAACAUAUAAUAUAUGCUUACCGCUCAGUGCUCUGCUGCCCUCUGACUGUCAGAGUUAAAUGUACCUUAUAAUACUUUAAAGUUGAACUAACACACUCCUUUAAUUUCCUAUAUCUUUGAAACUUGGGUGAUUUGCAUCAAUUAGACCUAAAUAUGUUGAAAAAUUCCCAGCAUAUUUAAAAUCAAGAACGUUUUAUUUUUUAUUUUCAGUUUUUUUUCUUUAGCUCAAGACUGAAGCCAGACUAGUUUUAAAUGACAUGUACAUGUAUCUCACGAGAGCAAGACUACUGCUACUAGCAGGUCUGGUCAUAUUACAAUGUAGGCUUGUGUGAUAUCCAUAUUACAUUGACAGACUUGUUAGCAUACACCAAAUCAGUGGGUGGUACAAAAUCUAGCAAUACAAUCUGAUGUAAAAGAAAAAGACAGUUGCUGUGAAUAGUUUGAGUUCAACUGUACUUGGUGAAGGAUAGUGCUCAGCUCAAAUAUCUACCACAGGUAUAGAACCACACACCUCCAAUCUUACUUGUAGUAGUUUUGCUCAAGUCCAAAUACAAAAUGAAGAAUUGAUCAGGAGCCAAUUGAUUCAAACACAUGCAUGAUGUAGAUUGAAGGAUAUUGUCAAUGAAUACAAUCGAAGUAUUGAGUAGAACAAUCUGGAAAAUAAAAUCUGAAUUUUUACAUUAUUUCGAAGAUCAAGUUGACCAUGCUUUGAUCUUCUGUGUUCCUAUGCUGGAUAGUGCAUAUGUUAUUUACCUUGUGUCCUUGAAUGGGUCACACGUUUAUUGUAUGAUGAAAUUCAUCAACCAUUGUCUCCACAAUUAUGUGGAAUUUAUUAUUUUGUUCAAGGCUGAAAUUUAGAAAUAUUUUUGUUUAAUGUGUACUUAAGGUUAUAUGCUGCCAGUCAUUUACCUAUGAUUAUGUAGGAGUUUUCUCCCUUAAAAUGGUACAUUUUCAAAAGGUUUUAAAAAAUAUUAAUCCAGGUAUAAAACCAGGAGUUAAUUAGUAUUCAUAAACAUAACAGAACUGUUCAGCUUAGAUUUCUUGAGUUAGAUAAUUGAAAUGAUUGGUGCUAAUUUAAGGUAGCAUAUGGCCUUAAACAAUGCUUAUGAAGUUGUGUUUUUUUCUUCCUUUCUGUUUGCAAAGUUGUUUGAUAUAGACUAGUGCCAUGCAGUGCCAGUCGAAAGGUUUAUUAUUUUAAGAUUGUCUCAGUAAAACAAGACUUAACUCAUAUUUUUCACAAUUAAUGAUGACAUAAGUUAUAAGCUGAUAUUUGUUCUGUGUUUGUCCCAGUGGAAGUAAACAGGAUAAGUGGAUUUGACAGCCGCCUCUGUUACCUCUGAAAUCUGAUCUGAUUGGGAAUCAAACAGACCCUCGAUAACUAUGGUCAUUUUAGGCCAAUCAUUGUAAAGAAAUCCAUAACUCUGUUGAAUCUCCUCAUUCAAUUAUUGUCACAGAAAACUGCAAAACAGACAACGUUUUCUAUUCUUAUUCUGACAGGGUUGGGUUAUUUCCCUGUGAUUCUUUACCUGUAUUACUGUGAUGUAAAUUCCAUUCUUCAGGGUUGGACAUCAUUCUGUGCCAUACAUAAUCUACUUUUUUUUCUUUUUUUUUUUUAUAAAUGCUCAGUUACAAUGUUCAGGGUACGUGAAAAGGAAAGCAUAAUAUUUUGGUUGCUAUCUACAUCUGUGAUAUAAAAUGUCUCAAGUCCCUGUAAGUGUCUCACUCUGGAAAACUAUAGAUAGAUUUGUGUAAUGUUUCUAAUUUAGAUUUCAUUAUAAGACCAUGAGAGAGUUAAAAUUCAUGAGUGAUCUUUUUUUUAUAACCAAACAUUCAGGGUACUUCAAGGGUGGAAAUCCAGUUUUCAAUUUGGUAUAAAUGUGCCCCUUCUGUUACAGAUUUUUCACUGACUAUAUACAUAUACAGUAACUAUGUGUGAGUUCUGUAUGAUUUUACUUGUUUCUGUCUCAUAUCAAGGAACUGUAGCAUUUCAUCAUAUUGAUUUGAUGAACAAAGUGACAUUAUCGGUGCCAAAAGUUUUUAACGGUAUAAUUUUUUUAUCAUUUUUUGCCCAAAUGUAGAAGUACAGUGCUGAUGUUUUUGCAGCAUAAAGAUAAACAAGAUUAUACACCAGGAACCCUGUGAAAGUUUGUCCUUCUGAUAGAAAAUAUUAGACUUAACAUUGAACGACAUUAAUAAAUAUCAAACACAUGAAAGGUGCAGGAAUGGGGGGUUUAUGUGCAGGGAAGGGAUGGGCAAUUUAGGUGAAUUGAUGGACGAUUUAGAUGAAGUGAUGGGCAAUUUAGAUGCAAUAACGGGCGAUUUAAGUGCAAGGAUAGGUAAUUAAGGUGCAGGGAUGGGAACGGGAGAUUUAGGUGCAGGGAUGGGUAAUUAAGGUGCAGGGAUGGGUAAUUAAGGUGCAGGAAUGGGGACAGGAGAUUUAGUUAAAGGGAUAGUGACUGGCGAUUUCGGUGAAGUGAUAGGGAUAAUGAUAUCCAUGUAGUACGAUUGUUAUCAACUUGAGGACCACUAGGUAACAUUGACAUAACUAAAAGAUUCUCAAGUACUUACUACUGAUGAAUUUGCUGAUAGUUGGUCUCAUCUGAAUUGAAAAUUUCAUAAACUUGAUUGUCUUCCUAAAAUUGUGUGCCAUUUCCUAUUGUUCUAUUGUGAUAUCAUCUUUACUCUUGUGGACGCCAUGUUGGUUUUAGUUGUUACUUAAACUGCUUUUUACAUCAAAUACAUCCUUAGGAAAAAUGAUUUGUGAAAGAUGUUCAGUGUGUACUUCCCUAGAUAUAAUAUGUUCUGUUAACUCCACAAUCCAUGGCAGUGUGACCAAGAUCUGUUUUGUUUAGUAGUAAUCUAAUAUUUCUUUAAUGUCAAUAUAUUUUGUAUGAAUAAGAACUGGAAUAGGCCAACUGUGUUUUGAGAAUUGUGUUGGAGUGUCAUGUUUGAAUACUGUCACAAUUAAGUAUCGGUUUUCCCGCCGAAUACUCCAGUGUUGUCAGUAAUAUUUGUUUAGCAACAGUAAAAUAAAAUUAGUCACAAAAUAUCAGUACUGAACAACUGAAUAGAUAGUACAGUUAUCACAUAAUUAUUCCAGAAAAUGGUUUUAUUUCAUCACUGAACAGCUAAACUAAUAUGACGUCCAUAUUUGAGGACUAUUUCCCAUGGUGCUCUGGAGUUCACUUCACCAUGACUACAGUACUGUAUAGGAGAUUCCAGUAUUAUUCUGAGUCUAACAUUUGUUAAAUAUCAUAUUGUUAACCUUCAUUAAAGAUACUAUUAACAUAACAAUAAACAAAUCUUAUAAGAAUCA